GUCAUCCGCAUGAGCGUGCACGUGAACGGGUGUUCCUGAACGACGAAUUUUGGGACGCAGCCCGAUGAAAAGCGUCCUCCUACACGAGGCUAUGACGUGCAGCGGGGGGCGCAAGCGAGCAGCUUUCCUUUAAAAAGACCGGUGAGCGGAUAGGACGGGCGUCGCGUGACAACCUGUGCUGGUGCGCGGCGGCGCGGGCUCGAGCGGAACGGGAACGGCGGCGACGGAAGGAGAGGAAAAAAAGAAAGAAAGAAAAGAAAAAACAACCCCGCAUGACAUAACGACCCCCCUCAUCCUCCUCCUCCUUCCUUCAACGAGUUGCCGAGUGGCGCGGCGGCGCGAACGAGGAGUUUUGACACAGCGGGGCGCGUGCGUGCCGUGUGGUGCCGUGCCGUUCAGUGCAGUGCAGUGAGAGCGCGCGAGAGAGUUUUGCUGCUUUCCGCAAGGUUACCGAAGUGCAAGCCAAAAAAAGAAGGAAAGAAAGAAAGAAGGAGGCAAAGAAACUCCGCACAGGAUGUUCAAUAGUCCUCUUUUCCCCUGAUUUCCGUCGAGGUUUCACGGUUUUAGUUAAAAGUCUCGCGCUGGAGCCGAGCUGAACAGGCUUUCCGCUUCUUUUCUCGGAAAUUGAGACGCACCCGGGACUCGACGCGAGGGAUACAGGACUCUCUGCGGUUCCUGCAGUUCCUCCCUCCACUGACAAGGGGGCAAUGACAAUUCCUGUCUUUUUGCUUUGACAACGAAAUGGGAAAAAAGUCCUCUCCUGUCUAGUAAGGAUGUUUCCGGCCCACAGAGAAAGGGAGCAACCCAUUUUCAGUACCCGAGCGCACGUGUUCCAGAUCGAUCCAGCUUCUAAACGCAACUGGAUUCCAGCCAGCAAACAUGCAGUCACCGUCUCGUUCUUCUAUGAUGCCAGUCGGAAUGCCUACCGCAUCAUCAGUGUGGGAGGCACCAAGGCUAUCAUCAACAGCACCAUCACGCACAACAUGACAUUCACUAAGACAUCCCAGAAGUUCGGCCAGUGGGCAGACAGCAGGGCUAACACAGUGUACGGCUUGGGCUUUGCCACUGAGCAGCAGCUUAACCAGUUUUUCGAGCGCUUCAAGGAGGUCAAGGAAGCAGCUCGAGUGGCUAGAGAGAAAUCACAAGAUAAGAUGGAGCUGGCCAACGCUGCCCUGAACAUUGCAGCCCCACAGUUCUCUCAGGAUCUCUCAGAUGAAUUGCAGUCACCACCAGUGAUGUGCGUGAAUGGGCCCGAAGAUAAACUCUUCCGGAGCCAGAGCGCGGACAUCACACUCUCAUCAGAGAAAGAGCGUAUCAAAAAGAUGCUCUCUGAAGGCUCAAUCUGUGAGAUGAACCUGGAGGCCGAGCUCUUCACCCUGCAGGACAGCAACGCCAAACUGGUGGCUGCGCUGCAUGAAGCUAAUGCCAAUGUGGAGCAGUGGAGGAAGCAGCUGGUAGCCUAUCAAGAGGAGACAGAGAGGCUGCGAGAACAGGUGGCAGAUUUGGAGGCCCAUGGAGGCCAAGGGCCAAGCGACAUGCUGAAGGAUGAGCUAACACAGUCCCUUGAGGAACUGGAGGCUUUACUCAAAGCAAAGGAUGAGGAAAUCCGUAUCCUUCAGGCGAAGAAGUCCGAUUUCCAUGAGAUGGAGCAGGAGAGAGAGGAAGCCAUUCACAGAUUGCAGGAGCUGGAGAUGCGUAAUAUGGAUCUGGAGCGGCGGGUGCAAAGUGCUGAGCAGAGCCUGGCGUCCACACUGGAGGAUCGAGACCGCACAGACAACGAGGUCCAGAGGGUCAUCCAGAUCCUUGACAUCAAGCUCUUUGACCUGAAUGACCUGCGACAGAGCCUCGCCAAACUGCUCGAGAAAUAGAGCGGUAGGGCAAAAGUGGUCUUCGGGCUUCAAAGAGCUGGAGCUGUGGUAGAGUAGAGCGAGAGAAAGAACGAGGCAGUACCUGUGCUCAGCCAAAGCUCAGCGGCUCUAACUAAGAGAACGGCUGCCGUUCGACAGGUUCGCCACGUCAGCACAUAGUGUAGCUAUGCUUUCAAAUAGAGAAUAUCAGAGGCUAGUGACUACACAUACACAGCGUUUUGUUCUGUAGUUUUCUUUCAUGUUUUCAGUUAACAAUUUAGCAAUAAAUAUUUUUCGUUUAAGUCAAUAUUCAGUUGAUAAUGGUUGGGGUAAAGUAUAUUUUUUAUAAACCAGGUGACGCAUGGCAGAACGUUUCCUUUUAACGGUGGAAAAUACAAGUCAGAUUAGAAAUUAUAUAUGUUUAAUUAUAUCAAUUCCAAGAUGUAAACAUAUUAUAACCGGUACAAUGUCACUGUUAAAUAACGGCACAACAUACAGAACAGUUGGAGUUUAUGGUGAGCAUGAAACAGAUAUAAUACUAUUUGAUAUUUAAUACUUUAUAUGAUCGCAAAAUUUUAAGAUUUGUUUUGAAGAAAUGGUAAGCGAAUGUAAUCUGUGUAUGAAGUUUCUUUGCUGUGUCAGAGAUAGAGAUCUGUGUAUACCAAAGACCAGCAGAAACAUCACUGUUCUAUGAGGACUGUACCACUCAGUUUGAUUAAUGUAUUGGUACAAUAUUCUGGUCUGUAUUUAAUCUUAAUCAUAAGUAAUAUGGGAUGCAAGAAAGUGUUUGAAAUGUACAGAUGUAGUUGAGAUGUACUGUAGGCGAUGCACAAUUUAUCCUAUUAGGUUUAUAUAGGUAUUUAUAGGUUCAUUAAGUACAAGUUAAGGCUAAUUUUCCUGCAUUUAGGAAUGCCAGCUUGUGGCUUGGGUGGAACUUGCACUGUAAUUUUCUAGUUAGUUAUAGGGCUUCUAAGCAUUGUUCAACUUUGAUGUCACAGGCCUUGUCUGAAGGCUGCAUGGUUGCGUAUAAGUCGUCGCUUCGGGAAACCUACUGCUUUAAAUAUUUGUAAAUGUGACCUACAUAUAUUGAGGAAAUGACUUUUGAAUGUGACAAAUUACAUUUUUCCCCCAUGCAGGCUACAUGUACACGUUUAAGGAAAAAGAGUCCAAAUGGGGAUUUCAAUUGAUAAUAAAGCAAGUUGCCCUGCAACAAACAUGCCACUGAAGCAUCUGUUUUUUACAUUUCUUAAUGGGAGCAUGUUCUUUAGAGACUUUUAAGAGCAUAUAUGUUGUAUAUUCCAUUUAAAAGAAUCAUGAUUAUCACCGAUGUCCUCGUCUAUAAACAGCCUUAUAUUGGUGAAGGAAUAAAUUGAGCAGUAACACUA